UUUCCUCUGACUCACACGCACCCUCUCUCAAGCUCACCUCUAGCCCUCUCUCUCUGCACUCUCACACACUCCCUCUCUUUACUCUGAGGUUGUGCGGACCACUUCUGCUGCCUGUAUAUGUUCCUGCUGGAGUAAAGGCGAAAGAAGACCAACAGCAUACAGGAGUGGACUGAUCAACAUAGCAUUAUCAUGUACAUUUUCAGCUUCCUACUGGUGCUAGUGUGUCUACAGGUUUGCAUCCCCUUUGUUUUUGGUGCCCCAACUCAAUGCCCAAGCCAGUGCCACUGCCAUGGGGACCUGCAACAUGUUAUCUGUGACAACGUUGGGCUGAAGAAAAUCCCCCACAUAUCCGAGGCCACUCGUCUUCUAAACCUUCAGCGCAACAACCUGGGAAAUCUCCCGACCGGGGGCUUCAGCGAGAUGAAGGGGCUCAUUUCCCUCCACCUGCAGCACUGUCAGAUCCGAGAGAUCUCCAGCCAGGCUUUCAAAGGACUGAAGAAGCUCAUCUACCUCUACCUGUCUAACAAUGAGAUCACAAACAUCAAACCAGGCGCUUUUGAGGACCUGACCGAACUGACCUAUCUCUUCUUGGACGGUAACCAAAUCACGGGCGUUCCGAAGGGCAUCUUUUCUCCCAUGAUCAACCUGUUUAUCCUGCAGCUCGACAACAACAAGCUUCGAGAGCUGCAGCCUGGUACUUUCACAGGUGCUAGCGAUCUCCGAUGGCUUUAUCUGAGUGGCAAUGAGUUGAGCUCCAUACAGCCUGGUUCUUUUGAUGAAGUGGAGAACCUGGCCAUUCUAACUCUGGACCGUAACAAGCUGUCCACCUACCCUCUCCUGGCUAUGAGCAAGCUGCGUGUCGUGGAGGAACUCAACAUGUCCAAAAACCCUCUCAGCCUCAUCCCUGACCAUGCUUUCCGCAGUUUCGGCCGUUAUAUGGAGAAGCUCUAUCUAAAUGACAUGGGCCUGGAGAAGUUCUCCAGUGCUGCCUUUGAGGGAGUGACAGCUCUCAAAUCUCUGCACCUUGAGAACAACAAGCUGAAAUCACUGCCGAACAGCCUUGAGUUCAGUACCCUCCAGAACGUCACUCUGUUUAACAACCCCUGGAGCUGCACCUGCCAGUUAGCAAACCUCAGAAAAUGGAUGGACACCAGUCGCCAUCACCCUGAUGCAGUUUGCGCUUCUCCUGGAAGCCAGAAAGGAAAGCAAAUAAGAGACAGCACUGCUUUCAGUCGCUGCAAGGCAAAGACGAAGAGGACCAGGAAGGGAGCACGGCUUUGAGAUGGAGGACAAGGAGAAGAGGCCUGCCCAGGUGUCGGGAUUUCAAUGUGCAGAAAAGAAAAGCGAUGCAGACUGCUACAUUGGGACUGUCCAUUUCCUCUUUCACUCAUUUUUUUUUGUGUGACAUAUAGAUGCGCUGACUUGAUUUAUUCUAAAUAACAUGAAUAGCAUAAAUAUGUGUUCACAGACAUCUUGAAGGAGCCUUCAAGGAGCAACUGUGUGAGUUUGCAAAGAGAGGUUUCACAAACAUGUACACAGCAAAGGAAGUACAUCUCAAACUCUUAUGGUAUUUUAUAUGACAACUCAAACAACCUGGUGAUAAAUCCAGAACUAUCACAGAACUAGUUUCUACACCACAGUAAAAAUCAGGAAUACUAACAUGAGUACUCUUCUCCAUAACAUGAGAACUGGUAGAAUAGAUUUGCAUUGAUUAGCAUUUACAACUGGAAGUAUAAAUGAGCACAGGUAAUUUUUUAACCCUUUUUGAGUAAAUCAAACCAAAUGGCCACUGUAAAAUGAAUCCUUGUCUAUUCUACUGAUUCUAAAGUUAUGGUCUUCCACAACAUAAUCCCGUUAUGAGGGUUAGAAGCACUUAAAAUCAUACAGUACAGAUUAGUCAUUAAGAAUGCUGCGCCUGGCCAAUCAAAAUCAAGAAAUGACAAGUGAUGGCAGUGCCAGAAGAAGAGGAUUUGCUAAGAGCAGGUAAAAUGAAAAAAAAAAUGAGACAAAUGGAGGUUCUCCAGUCUAAUUUUAUCAUUUUGUUACUGUGAUAUACUCAUGCUCAAUAAAAGACAUUUAAAGCA